GGUUCCCCGGGCGAGCGCCAUGGCCGCGGAGUCCGUGAAGGUGGUGGUGCGCUGUCGCCCCAUGAACCAGCGCGAGCUCGAGCUGAACUGCCAGUCCGUGGUGACAGUGGACUCGGCGCGGGGCCAGUGCUUCAUCCAGAACCCGGGCGCCGCCGACGAGCCCCCCAAGCAGUUCACUUUCGACGGCGCCUACCACAUGGAGCACUUCACGGAGCAGAUCUACAACGAGAUCGCCUACCCGCUGGUGGAGGGCGUCACCGAGGGCUACAAUGGCACCAUCUUUGCCUAUGGCCAGACGGGCAGCGGGAAGUCCUUCACCAUGCAGGGCCUGCCGGACCCGCCCUGCCAGAGAGGCAUCAUCCCCAGGGCCUUCGAGCACGUGUUUGAGAGCGUCCAGUGUGCAGAGGACACCAAGUUUCUGGUCCGGGCCUCGUACCUGGAGAUCUACAAUGAAGAUGUCCGUGACCUGCUGGGGGCUGACACCAAGCAGAAGCUGGAGCUGAAGGAGCACCCCGAGAAAGGCGUGUACGUGAAGGGGCUGUCCAUGCACACGGUGCACAGCGUGACCCAGUGCGAGCACAUCAUGGAGACGGGCUGGAAGAACCGAGCGGUGGGCUACACACUGAUGAACAAGGACUCCUCGCGCUCCCACUCCAUCUUCACCAUCAGCAUCGAGAUCUACGCCGUGGAUGAACGGGGCAAGGACCAUCUCCGAGCGGGCAAGCUGAACCUGGUGGACCUGGCAGGGAGCGAACGGCAGUCCAAGACUGGGGCCUCGGGGGAGCGGCUCAAGGAGGCCACCAAGAUCAACCUGUCGCUGUCAGCACUGGGCAAUGUCAUCUCCGCCCUGGUGGACGGGCGCUGCAGGCACAUCCCCUACCGGGACUCCAAGCUGACGCGGCUGCUGCAGGACUCCCUGGGCGGCAACACCAAGACACUGAUGGUGGCCUGCCUGUCCCCCGCGGACAACAAUUACGACGAGACUCUCAGCACGCUGCGCUACGCCAACCGGGCCAAGAACAUCAAGAACAAGCCUCGCAUCAACGAGGACCCCAAGGACGCCCUCCUGCGCGAGUACCAGGAGGAGAUCAAGAAGCUCCGGGCUAUCCUGGCGCGGCAGCUGAGCCCCGGGGGCCUGUCAGCGCUGCUGUCUGGCCAGCUGCCCCUGAGCCCUUCCCGGGUUGAGGAGAAGCUGCCGUCCAGCCCUGUGGUCCAGCAGGAUAUGGAAGCCGAGAAGCAGCUGAUCCGCGAGGAGUACGAGGAGCGCCUGGCCCGGCUGAGGGCCGACUACGAGGCGGAGCAGGAGUCCCGUGCCAGGCUGGAGGAGGACAUCACGGCCAUGCGCAACUCCUAUGACGUGCGGCUGUCCACGCUGCAGGAGAACCUGCGGAAAGGGACAGAGGCUGUUCUGAAAGCAGAAGUCCUCCACAACGGGGAGGUCCUGUCCAGGGCCGGGCUUACCAGCAUGUCUGAGCACGCACCUGCUUUCCAGUUCGAGAUGGCCGCGAAGCGCACCAUCUUCUCUGUGCCCGAUGCCCUGCCCGGGGACGCGGUCGCUAACACCCAGAUUUCUCCCAGAUUUGAGGAGCUGCGCAGGGCAGAACCGUCCAAGUCUGAGAUUUCUCUCAGGUCCAGUGAGUCAUCCAUGCUGGAAGAAUCCUCCCUGUCUGAGGUCGUCCUCCCUGUGCCUGAGGAGCUUUCCAACCUAGAGCUCCCUGGGCCCGAGGUGUCGCAGAGCAAGUACUUCCUGGAUGAGGACCUUGGUCAGGAGGACUCCGGGACCCAGCCGGAGGGUGAGAACUACAUCCAGGUGGAGGAGCCGCCGCUGGCGUGCCUGCAGAUGGGACCAAGCCUGCAGGACCCGUUUGCUGAGGUGGAAGCCAAGCUGGCCAGACUAUCCUCCGUGGGGGCCAGGACAGAUGCGCCCCGAGCCCCCAUGCAGCACACCUCCCUGACAGACCUGCUGGAGCCCAGAGACACCAGGUCUGAAGCCGAGGUGGCCACCGACCUCCCACCCCGUGCUGAGGUUGAUCUGGCCCCGGAAGUGGUGGAGGUGGCAGAGCCCGGGAAAUGGAUGGAGGCCGAGGUGGCCCAGCCUCAGCUCCUGCUGCCCACGGCCAGUGCGCGAAGGGAGAGCGUGGGUGUGGAUGUGGCCGUGCUGACGGAGGAGCUGCUGCCCAGCGCGAACCAGCAGCAGGUGCUCGCCCGUUUGCAGCUGUUGGAGCAGCAAGUGGUGGGCGGGGAGCAGGCCAAGAACAAGGACCUGAAGGAGAAGCACAGGCGACGGAAGCGCUACGCGGAUGAACGCAAGAAGCAGCUGGUGGCGGCGCUGCAGAACUCGGACGAGGAUGUCGGGGAGUGGGUGCUGCUUAAUGUCUAUGACUCCAUCCAGGAGGAAGUGAGGGCCAAGAGCAAGCUGUUGGAGAAGAUGCAGAGGAAGCUUCGGGCAGCAGAGGUGGAGAUCAAAGACCUGCAGUCGGAGUUCGAGCUGGAGAAGAUCGACUACCUGGCCACCAUCCGGCGGCAGGAGCGUGACUCCAUGCUCCUCCAGCAGCUCCUGGAGCAGGUGCAGCCCCUGAUCCGCAGGGAUUGCAACUAUAGCAACCUGGAGAAGAUCAGGCGCGAGUCAAGCUGGGAUGAGGACAGUGGCUCCUGGAAGAUCCCUGAGCCCAUCAUCGUAAAAACCAGCCUCCCAGUAGCAGUUCCAACUGGGCCACAGACCAAGCCAAUCCGCAAAACCUCUGCCAUCGACAGCGGAGAGCCAAACACGCAGGAAGAAGACCGCUACAAGCUGAUGCUUAGUCGGAGUGACAGCGAAAACAUUGCCAGUAACUACUUCCGGUCCAAACGGGCCAGCCAGAUCCUCAGCACAGACGCCAUGAAGAGCCUCGCACAUCACAGCUCGUCGCCAGGCCUCAGCUCCCAGCUCAGCAGCAACUCUGUCAUCCCACCCAGCCAGGCCCCUGAAAUGCCCCAGCCCCGGCCCUUCCGCCUCGAGUCCCUCGACAUCCCCUUCACCAAGGCCAAGCGUAAGAAAAGCAAAAGCAACUUGGGCAGUGAGCUUCUGUGACUGCAGCUGCCCGCUGCUGCCUGCCUUUAGACUUCUAAACUGCCAGGCCCGCCCAGGCCAGCCCCAACCAGGCCUCCUCCCUCAUCCCCCCAGAGCAACCAGGGCCCAAGAGGGUUCUCGCGCUCGGGAAGCUACACCCCCUUCCUUGUUCCCCAGAGAGUCCACCUCUGCCCAAGCCUGAGCACCCUGGAGAGGCCUGGUCCAGCUGUCCACACCAUGUCAGUGUCUCUGUCUACUCUUUGGCCAUGGAGCCUGCAACUUGUGCCGCCAGAGUGGCCUUUGCCUUGAUGGGCUCAGCAGCCCCAGGCCUGCCGCAGGGCCUUUGCCAGCAGCCGUGGUGUUGUGGGCAGCAGCUGCCACAUGGAUGAAGCUCAUCUUGGUGACGGAGAUUUGUGCUUCUGUGUAGGUGCCCUUUCCAGAGGGCAGCCCGGCCCUGCAGGACAGGCACAGAGUCCUAGAGCAGCCGUUCUGCUUGGUCCACUCCUGGCUGA